AUGCCCCUCAGCCCCUCUCUUUUCAUCUUACGGGUGGACAGGGUCAUCGUCUUUGGCCAGACUACAAAUGAGAAACUGAUAAAUGCAGCCAAACAGCUUUUCUGGCAGCACGUGAAUCCCAAGUGCCUCUUUCACCGAACCCUAUUAAAAGUGCACAGAUACACAGAUUUGAAUCCCAAUGACGUGACACUCUCAGGCUGCACUGAUGGGAUACUGAAGUUCAUUGCAGAGCGUGGGGCCUCCCACCUUCUAGAACAUGUAGGCCAAAUGGACAAAAUAUUCAAGAUUCCACCGCCCCCAGGGAAGACAGAGGUCCAGUCUCACCGGCCACUGGAAGAGAAUACGCCAAGCCCCUUGGCUCCUGUUUUCCAGCUUGGAUGGCGCAGCGUCCGGCUUUUCAUUUCCUCCACUUUCCGGGACAUGAAUGGGGAGCGGGACCUGCUGCUGAGGUCCCUGCUGCCAGCACUGCAGGCCCGAGCGGCCCCCCACUGCAUCAGUCUUCAUGCCAUCGACCUGCGCUGGGGCGUCACUGAGGAGGAGACCCGUCGGAACAGGCAGCUGGAAGUGUGCCUAGGGGAGGUGGAGAACUCGCAGCUGUUUGUGGGCAUCCUGGGCUCCCACUAUGGCUAUGUUCCCCCCAACUACAGCCUCCCUGACCAUCCUCACCUCCUCUGGGCCCAGCAGUCCCCUUCAGGUCGCUCUGUGACGGAGAUGGAGGUGAUGCAGUUCCUGAAUCGGGGCCUCCGCCUGCAGCCCUCUGCCCAGCCUCUCAUCUACUUCUGGGAUUCUGGCUUCCUCAGCUCUGUGCCAGAUGCCUGGAAGUCUGACUUUAUUUCUGAGUCUGAAGAGGCUUCCCAUCGGCUCUCAGAACUGAAGAGCUACCUGAGCAGACAGGAAGGGAUCACCUGUCGCAAAUACCGCUGUGAGUGGGGUGUUGUAGCAGCCGGCCGUCCCUGUGUUGGGGAGCUGGAGGAGUUUGGGCAGCUGGUUCUGUGGGAUGUGUGGAAUAUGAUCCAGAAGCUUUACCUACAGCCUGUGGCCCAGCCGGAGCAGCCAGUGCCCAUCCAGGAUGAUGACUUGGUCCAGGCGGCCUUUCAGCAGCUGAAGAACCCUCCGAGUCCUGCCCGACCACGCCUUCUUCAGGACACAGUGCAGAAGCUGAUGCGGCACCAGGGGAGGCUGAGCCUGGUGACUGGGCAGUCGGGACAGGGCAAGACCACCUUCCUGGCAUCCCUUGUGUCAGCCCUGCAAGCUCCUGAUGGGGCCACGGUGGCCCCCUUAGUCUUCUUCCACUUUUCAGGGGCCCGCCCUGACCAGGGUCUUGUCCUCAUCUUGCUCAGACGCCUCUAUGCCUAUCUGCAUAGCCAACUGCAAGAGCCAAGUGCCCUCCCCAGCACAUACUGGGGCCUGGUGUGGGAGCUGCAGCAGAGGCUGCUCCCCAGGUCUGCUCAGUCCCUGAAAACUGGCCAGCCUCUGGUGCUGAUCACUGAUGGGGCUGACAGGUUGAUGGACAAGCAUGGGCGGCUGAUCUCGGACUAGAUCCCUAAGACCCUUCCCCGGUGGGUGCACCUGGUGCUGAGUGUGUCCAGUGAUUCCGGCCUGGGGGAGACACUCGAGCAGAGCCAAGGUGCCCAUGUGGUGGCCCUGGGGCCUCUGGAGCCAUCAGCCCGGGCCCGGCUGAUGCGAGAGGAGCUGGCUCUGUACGGGAAGCGGCUGGAAGAGUCACCUUUCAACAACCCGGUUGGGUGUAGGCCAGGGCAGAUGCAGCUGCUGCUGGUGAAGCGAGGGUCAGCCCUGCCGUUCUACCUGCGCUUGGUCACUGGUCACCUGAGGCUCUUCACGCUCUUUGAGCAGGUGUCUGAGAGACUCCGGACCCUGCCUGCUACUGUCCCUCUGCUGCUGCAGCACAUCCUGGGCACCUUGGAACAAGAGCAUGGCCCUGAUGUCUUUCCCCAAGCCUUGGCCACUCGUGAGGUCACACGCAGCGGUCUGACUGUGGACCAGCUGCAUGGAGUGUUGAGUGCAUGGUGGAUACUUCCCAGGGGGACCAAGACCUGGGAAGAAGCAGUGGCUGCUGGUAACAGCGGGGACCCCUACCCCAUGGGUUCGUUUGCCUGCCUCGUCCAGAGUCUGCACAGUUUGCUAGGGGAGGGACCCCUGGAGCGCUCUGGUGCCCGGCUUUGCCUCUUUGAUGGGCCCCUGAGAACAGCAGCUAAAUGUCGCUAUGGGAAGAGGCCAGAGCUGGAGAAGACAGCACACAUCCUCAUCGCAGCUCAGCUCUGGAAGACGUGUGACCCUGAUGCCUCAGCUCCAGAGCGGGAACCGUGGCUUUCUUGCAAAGUUCCUUACCAAUCUCCACGUGGUGGCUGCACACCUGGAACUGGGUCUGAUCUCUCAGCUCCUGGAGGCCCGUGCCCUCUAUGCUUCCUCAGUCCCUGACGAGGAACAGAAGCUCCCUGAGGCUGAUGUUGCUGUAUUUCACACCUUCCCGAGGCAGCAGGCUUCAGUCCUCAGCCAGUACCCACUGCUCCUGCACCAGCAGGCAGCCACCCAGCCUCUGGACUCG